AUGCCCAGGGGGUUCCAGCAGAUCCAGGAGGAGGAGGAGGAGGAUGAGGGGCUCCCCACCUCCCCCGUGCCCCUGACCCCCGCCCUGGCUCUGACGGUUUUCGCUGCCUCCCUGAGCUCGCUCGGCUUCGGUUACAACAUCGGCGUCAUCAACGCCCCCCAGAAGGUGCUGGAGGCCGAGUACAACGCGACGUGGGCGCAGCGUUGGGGUCCCCCGACCCGCACCAUCUCCCUGCUCUGGGCCCUGUCGGUCGCCAUCUUCUCCGUGGGGGGGAUGGGCACGGCCCUGGCCGGGGGGGCCCUCGCUGACCGCCUUGGCAGGAAAGGAGCCCUAUUGGCCACCAACAGCCUGGCCGUGGUGGGCGGGGCCCUGAUGGGCGGGGCCAAGCUGGGCCCCACCUACAUCCUCGUCAUCAUUGGUCGCCUCAUCGUGGGGGCCUACUCAGGGCUGGUGUCGGUGCUGGUGCCUCUGUACGUGGGGGAAGUGGCUCCGCUGCGGCUCCGGGGGGCGCUGGGGACCCUCCACCAGCUCGGCAUCGUCAUCGGCAUCCUGGGGGCACAGGUGCUGGGGCUGCGGGCGCUGCUGGGGACGCCGACGGCGUGGCCGGCGCUGCUGGGGGCGGGGCUGGUGCCGGCGGCGCUGCAGCUGCUGCUGCUGCCGCUGUGCCCCGAGAGCCCCCGGUUCCUCCUGGCGCGGGGGCAACACGGCCGCGCCCGCCGCGGCCUGUCCCGAUUGGCCGGCCCGGCGGCGGAGGCGGGGCUGGCGGCGCUGGAGGCGGAGCUCGGGCGAGGCUCCGCCCCCCGGGUGGGGCUGUGGGAGCUGGUUCGGAGCCGGCGGUUCCGGCAGCCGCUCGUGGUGACGGUGGGGAUGCAGCUGGCCCAGCAGCUCUCGGGCAUCAACGCGAUCUUCUAUUACUCGACAUCGAUCUUCGAGGCUGGGGGGCUGCGGGACCCCACCCUGGGCACCAUCGGCACCGGUGUCGUCAAUGUGGCUGCCACCGCCCUGUCGGUGGUGCUGGUGGAGCGGGCGGGGCGCCGGAUCCUGCAACUGGUAGGGCUGCUGGGGAUGAUGGGCUGUGCUGGGACCCUCGGAGUGGCCCUCAAGCUGGGGGGCCCCGCAUGGGGGGGCGUGGCCUUGGCAGCCGCCCUGGCCUUCGUGGCUUUCUUCGCGGUGGGUCCGGGCCCCCUGCCCUGGUUCGUAGGGGCCGAGCUGUUCCCCCCUGGCCCCCGGGGGGCCGCCCUGGGACUCGCCAGCCUCGUCAACUGGGGCAGCAACACAGCCGUGGCCAUGGCCUUCCCCCCCCUGCAGCGCGCGCUGGGCCCUCUCGUGUUCCUCCUUUUUGGGGGGGUCCUGGGGGGCUUCGCGCUCUUCACCUUCCUGCUGCUGCCGGAGACCCGCGGCCGCCCCUUCCCCGGGGGCGGGGGCGGGACCCCCCUGCCCGGUCCCCCAGCUCUGCUCGACCCCCCCGAGAAGGACACGGAGCUGCAGUGCCUCGCCCCACCCGACGACCCCUGAGCCGCCACCCCCCAAAAAACCCGGAUGGUCCCCCCCAAACUUCAGGGAAAAAAAAAAAACCUUCCCCCCCCACCCCCCGAGUCCAUUUACGGGUGGCUCUCCUCCCAGUUUUGGGGGGUUUCAUCUCCAUUUCAGGGGUUUCCCACUGAUUUUAGGGGUCUUCACCCCCAUUUUGGGUGGAUCCCCCCUAGUUUUGGGGGUCUCACACUGAUUUUGUGGGUCUUCACCCUCAUUUUAGGUUUAUCUACUCUUGAUUUUGGGGGGUUUCAACACGAUUUUGGGUGGAUCCUCCCCAAUUU